AAUUAUAAAUUAGCAACCGCAAAGGGAAGUCGCUGGCAUUUUGUAGUACAUUUUUAUUAAAUUAAUUAAUAUUUAAAGAACGUCCAGCCAACUAUAGGCUAGCUAGUUGGAAAAUGUUACUUUUCGGAUCGGUCCUUAUAUAUCUCUUGCUGAAUCUGCAAUCUGUGAGUGCUGAGAUUGCCGACUGCAGUUUCUUUGAUACCGUAGAUAUCUCGGAGGGCCAGAGGCUCUCGAAUGGAUCAUACCUCUACGAGGGAUUACUCAUUCCCGCCCAUUUGACGGCUACGUAUGAAUUCAAGCUUCUGGCGAACGGAGAUAAGGAGCAGGUGCCAAGUCACGUGAGAGGAUGUGUUUGCAAGCUGAGGACGUGCGUCAGGUUUUGCUGCCCACAUGACCACAUAAUGGAUGAGGGCGGAUGCUACGCCAACAUGACGACGGAGGAGGCCGCAUUACUGGACCCAAUCCUAAAUGUAACUCUGGACGACGGAUCAGUGGUGCAAAGGCACUUUAAGAAGGAGCUCAUGGUGCAGUGGGAUCUGCCAAUGCCCUGCGAUGAUAUGUUUUACCUAGACAACAGGGAUAAAACCGAUGAGUUCACCUUGUUCGAGAAUGGAAGAUUUCUGCGCCACUACGAUCAAGUGUAUUUGGACAAGUCGGAGUACUGUCUACAGCACCGCACAUUCGGCGAAGGUAACAACAAAUCCAUUCGCAUUGCACCCCACAACUGCUUGAAAAUGCCAUCCAGAACGGGACAAACCGUUGUGAUGAUCACAUCGUUGAUAUGCUUGGUUCUAACCAUCGCCGUGUACCUGUGCGUAAGGAAGCUAAUGAAUUUGGAGGGCAAGUGUUUCAUCUGCUACUUGGUGUGCCUGUUCUUCGGAUACCUGUUCCUACUCCUUGAUCUGUGGCAGUUAUCGUUCGAUUUCUGUCAAAUAGCCGGUUUCCUGGGAUACUUUUUCGUCAUGGCUGCGUUCUUUUGGCUAUCUAUCACCAGCCGGCACUUCUGGAAAUGUCUCACCAAUGUCUGUGCCUCGAUGAGCAUUCGGUCAGAUCGUGCGUUCCUGCGAUACAGCUGCUACGCCUGGGGAAUGCCUUUGGCCUUGACCGGAGUCACCUAUCUGGCUGAUAAUGUUGUGAACGACGAGGAGUGGCGACCUCGCGUGGGCGGCGAAGAACAUUGCUGGAUCUAUACUAAAAGCUGGUCUGCAAUGCUGUACUUCUAUGGCCCGAUGGUGCUCCUGAUUCUCUUCAACAUAACUAUGUUUGUUCUGACGGCUAAACACGUAAUAGAUUCCAAGAGGACUAUGCGGAAGUUGGCUCGCCAGGAAGGCAGAAUACAGAAGCUGAAUUCGGACAAACAGAAUUACACACUAUUUCUGCUGCUCUUCACUGCGAUGGGGAUGUCGUGGAGCUUUGAAAUAUUCUCCUACUUGGUGCAACGCGACAACCUGUGGGUCAAUGUCUUUCUGGUAGCUGACUACUUCAACUGGUCGCAAGGCAUCAUUAUAUUUAUGCUAUUUAUUCUGAGGCGCAAAAUUCUUGUACUGUUCAAGCAACAAAUAUUUCCCAAACAGAGGAUCUUUAGUAUGAGAUCAACUGAAACUCAAAGUACGCUUGCUGACUCCAUCUCUCACCAUUAAACAAAAAGGCAAUUUAAUAUGACAUAGUAUUCUUUUCUCUUCAAAUUAAUCAAUUUGCUAGUAAAGUAUAAAAUUUUUUCUCCUAAAUCAUGUAACAUAUCUUCAAUCACAAAAUGUAUGAAUAUAUUUUUUAUAUGACGUACAUCCGGACUCGAAUAGUUUUGCCGUCACUUCUUAAUGAUAAAUAAUCAUUAUACAUCCGUUACUCUUUAGUAAAAAGAAAUACUAAAUUCUUUGAAGAGUAUGUAACAGAUAAAAAUAUGCUCUUUGGAUAUAUAUGCACGAGUAUAUGCCAGCUCAGACCUCUGAUUAUAGCCAUAUCCGUCUGUAAGUCGAGAUCUAUACUAUAAGUGCUAGAACAAUAAGCAUAUACAUUACCAUUAACUGGGUAAAGGCUGGGGAAAGGUUACAUAUAUGCUAGUCGGGAAAAUCGACUAUAGUGUAUCACAAUAUAUUUUACUCAUCAUUUCCUAAUCAAUCUAUAUUAAAAGUUAACUUUAAGCAAAGGAGAAACCUUGUAUGCUUAUAAAAAAAAAUUAAUCAAAACUAUGACUCAAGGCUGAAAGUAGUUGCAUUUGUAUGGAAAUAAAAAAGUUGUAAAUCUA